GUGCGAUCCCUCCCUCCCUCCCUCCUAGAGGUUCAGUUUCCAUUUCACUAAAAGUGCAUUUAUUCACUGGCAUCAGCCCGGAGUGUCUGAAAGGAAUACCGGUGGACCGGAGGCUUGUAGACUAGAGUGAAGGAGUAACCAGUGGUACACCACCAUGGAAAGAAGUGAUACAGAGCCUCCUCCUAUGGAUAGUGAGGAGUCAAAUCAGAACCAACCUGAUAAUCAGAAUAAUAAUUUGAGUGCUGAAGAGAAAUUGAGAAAGAGAGGAAAAUUUGGACAGAUUGCUGAAAAAAAUAAAAAAAGAAUAGUGAAAAGUGGAAACGCCUUCAUUGUGACCUUUAAAAAACUGCUCAACAAGACAGAGGCUUCUGAGGAAGAGGCGCGGCACUACAUGGAACGGGUCCUACAUUCCAUCUUCUUUUUUGGACAUAUCAACAAACCACCCAUAUCACCAGAUGAAUUCCUUCCUGAACGACAGACUGAAGGAUUUAGAAGUCAGUUCCCAAAGCCUUUCAGCGAGUACAACACUCAUCUCCCUUCGUACACCCCAUACUCCAUUCUCCUGGAAUAUAUGAUUGAACAUCUAAACCCAGAAGAUCCAGAUGUAUUCAUGAAGCUAUUGGCAGAUGUCAAUAAAUCACUGUGGAAGAUUGAUGAUGGGGAUGGAAACAAACCCACUGUCAACGAAUUUGCCUUAGCUACUGUGAUCUCAUACUGCUGUGUUAAAGACUCCAACAAUGCAGAGGUCCUCAAGAAGGCUUAUGGAGCCUCAGUGUCCUGUAAAGGAAUGCCCCAAAGACAUAUAAUGAUUGCUCUAUCUGCCUUGCAUGUGUGGGACAAGGCCGUCUCGUAUGCAGUGAGUUGUGAGGGAAAGGGUCCAGCUAUAACGUUCCCAGAAAAAGUGCAAUGUAGCGCCUAUAGGUACAUACCAAAACUAGGGAGCUAUAAGAAAAUCCCUCCCUGUACAAAAUGUAACAAAAUGUAUGAUGUGGAGUACGACCCAGAACACCAAGUACACGACUAUGAAGAACCAUGGCCGUACGGAAACUGUGCUGAAAAUGAGUCGAUCAACAAGCUGCUGCAGAUAGACAAAGACAUUAGGAAUAACAUAUGUAUCGUAGGGAAAAAUGGGGAAAAACUGAUGAAUAGGGAGGAAAUAGAGAAUAAGUUUAAAGAAGAGUAUGAGGAUGAAAAGAAAAGAAAAGUCAGAGAGCUCCUUAAAUCUCGCAGGUUUAAGCUCAACUCAGAAGAAUGGAAGUUCUUCACACCUUCUUACUCACUUUAAAGUAUUGUCUCAGGUGUUCUCUGUAACCUAUAAAAUGCUAUAUAUUAAGCUGCCCAUACACAUUAAAUUUAUGUUGUCUGAAUUUGCUCAUUUCUGUGGAAUCAGACGGCCCAUAAGCAAGAUAAGGAUCGGGCAGCUGGAUUUCAAUUACCUGAUCCUUUUCUUCUUGGGCAGAUAAACCGCCCACAAGCCAAGUAUGCAUGUGUAUAGGCGUCCAAUUUGCCAAAUCGCCCAACAGUUAUUUCAUGUGUAUGGUCAGCCUUGUCAUGAUUAAACCUAGCUUGGCCACGUACAUAAGUGUAUUUUUCCCGGAUCAUGUGCUUAAUACAAGUGGGGAAAUGU